CUUAGAUGGACGCUUCAGUUUGGUCUUUGGAAGCCCAGAGUCUUGGCUGCUGAACUCUAAAUGGCGACGUAUGCUAUCAUCAGCUGCUUACAGAGACAACAUUCUCGGUGUCGUUGUGGAUGAAGUCCAUCUCACGUACAAAUGGGGUGAGGUGUCGACAGGCGAGACUGCAUUCCGGGAGAGUUUUGCAAAGCUCGGAGAACUGAGAUCUAUCACGAAGGAAGGUACACCUGUACUGGCGUUGACUGCUUCUGCAGACAUCAAGUCCAGAGAUCGCGUCACCAGCCUACUUCACAUGGACAAUGCCGUGCACAUCCUUGCUAGUCCCAACAAGACCAACAUCCGUCUGGGAUUGAAGAAUGUGCCCAGAUAUGAACUGGACUGCCUUGACUGGGUUGUUCAACUUGUGAAAGCAAGACCCUCCCCCAACACAAGGACAGAGUGCUGGCUUCACUGCGGGGGGAAGGGAAUUGUCGCGUUGUUGUAG